GCGGGUAUUCCGUAUAACAAGGGCAUAUUUGGCGUCCAAGGUCGUUGUAGACGACAGGCACUGCCGUCCUAACAACACCCUACUCAUGCAACAAGAUAACAUGGUAAAUACUGGAAUUCUUUUUGCUGCAUAUGUCAUUUCUUUGGUUCUUGUCUGUCCUCACACAAAAGUAGAGGAAAGCUUCGGCAUGCAAGCCUCACACGACUUGCUCUAUUUGCGAACUAACAUAUCUAUGGUGUGUUUACAAGAUAUUUUCUACGUUGAAAUCACAGUACGAUCAUAACUAUUUUCCAGGUGUUGUGCCGAGGUCGUUCCUGGGUUGCUUGUCUGUUGUCUGGAUUGUAUCGCCGCUAGUCUACGUAAACACCUUGUUAGGAAUGCAUAAGUUCAUUUCUCAGUACAUUGUUAGAAUAUGCUUAGGAUUAAUAACGGCCCUGAGCAUGAUCAAUUUCGCACAUUGCGUGAAGAAAGUCUUCGGAAAACAUGUAUGCAUACGUCUUCUUAUAAUCUGCUGCAGUCAGUUCCACUUGGCGUUUUAUGCCUCACGAACGCUACCGAACACAUACGCUUUUAUACUUGUCUUGUAUUCGUUGGGUCAUUUGAUCACUCGCAAUGAAACCAAAUUUGUUGCAUCAGCUGGGAUUGCAAUUCUUGUGUUCCGUAGUGAAUUAAUUUUGCUAUUUGGCCCAUGUCUUUUAUAUGGGCUAUUCAAUGGAUCUGUUAAACUUCGACUGAAACUGCUAAAGACAAUCAUUGCAACUACUAUAAUCAGUAUCGGGUCUAGUGUUUUAAUCGAUUCUCUACUAUGGGGUAGAUUAAUCUGGCCAGAAUUUGAAGUAUUUUAUUUCAAUACAAUUUUAAAUAAAAGUGGACAAUGGGGAAUAUAUCCAUUUCAUUGGUAUUUCACAUCUGCAUUGCCAAAAUCACUUUUAUCCACUUAUAUAUUAUUAUUUACAUGGAUUCUCUUAAUACCUUUGCCAAAGAUUUUUGGUUACCAACAUAAUAUAAUCUAUUUAAAGUCUACUGGAUUACUGUUGGUUGGUUUUACAUUCGUUGGCUUAUAUUCUUUCUUACCUCAUAAAGAAUUACGUUUUAUUAUUUAUGUAUUACCUGUAUUCAAUUUGGCGGCAGCAGAGAUUUCGGUUUAUUUAGAAAAACCAUUGAAGGGAACAUAUUUGAAUUUCAUUAAAAAUAAGCAUAAAUUAAAUCGAAUAACCAAUUUACGUAUUUUAUUCAUUUUUGGUUGUUAUAUUCAUCUAUGUGUCAAUAUUGUAUGUUCAUUGAUAUUAAUUAUGGUUGCAAGAAAAAAUUAUCCUGGAGGUGAAGCAUUAAAUAGAUUUAAUGAUAUGGAUCAUUUAAUGGAUCGAACUGAUAUUCACGUUCAUAUUUGUAAUUUGGCUGCACAAACCGGUGUAACACGCUUUUUAGAAGAAAACAAUCAAUGGAUUUAUAAUAAAACAGAAGGUAUAGAAACUAAUUUCAAUAUAUUAAACACAUCGAAUUUCACCCAUAUUAUAUCAGAAUUAUCCACAGAAAUGAUCAAUGAAAAAUUAUUAUCAUUUAAACAAAUUGCUCAAAUUGAUUGUUUCCAUGGUAUCCAGUUUCAUUCAAAUUGGCUAUUUUGGAAAAUCAUUCAUUUCAGUAUUAAACCUUGUUUGUUUAUUUAUGAAAGAAAAACGUUUGUUAAUUAAUGCCAAUUUGUAUAAGAAUUCGUUCUUUUAAGAUUGGUUUUCAUAAACUAUGAAUGGUAAUCAGCACCAACUAUUUCUAUGAAUCCAGUGUUCAUCU